AUGAAGCGCGUGACGAAGGUCGUGGAGCAGUCGACGCGGGCGCUGCUCGACCGGGUUCGCCACGAACAAGUGGCCUUGAGCCGCGACGAGUUCAACAAGCUCAUCGCCAACACGGGUCGUUGCUUCUCCAGCCGCGAAGCCCAAGAGGUCUUGCAGCUCAUGGCCCAGCACAUGCGGCCCUGUCCCGCGAGCCACAGCGGCGUGCUUCAGGCCCUCGUUCGCGAGCGGAAGCAUCGCGACGCGAUGCUCUACUUGGAGUCGCUACCGCCCACAGAUCUGAGCACCAGCUUGUUUAACAUUGCAAUCCACUCGUGCGGCCACCGCGGGGACCUCGCCGACGCGCGUGCCUUGUUUCGCUCGAUGCGCCAGCACCAGUUCGCCCCGAACGCACACACGUACCAAGGCCUGAUCCAAGCGUGUGUAGCGUCGCAGGACGUUGUCGCGGCCGAAGACUACUGGGCGACGAUGCUCGCGGCCGACCUCGUGCCCACAAAACCCGCCGUGCGAGCGCUCUUGACCAUCUACCGCGAUGCCGCCGUGGCGGCGCGGACAGCUGCCAUGCCACAACACCCAUCUCUCGAUCUCUCGCUGUGCGUCAGCCUAUGCGACACGAUACGGGCCGUGGAGCCCAGCGCGUUACCGGCCUAUCCGUUCGAAUUGCUGCUCGACGUCGCGGGCAGCGUCCAUGGACUGAGCCUUUCUGGCGACCUGGCCCACCUCGUGCUGGACGCACUGCCCGUGGUCCACCUCUCGCGCUGGCUCGAUCGAAUUGCACCUCUCUCGAUUGCCUUGGACGGGUCGCUUUACGUCGCGGCGCUGCAGCGUUGCGCCGACGCUGGCCUCCAAGCCGACUUUUACACCAUCUUACGCGCACUGCGGGCCCGCGCGUACGACCACAGCGUGCCGCCCCCGCUCUUGCGUGACGCCAAGAACAACGACCUCAUGGCGUCGCGCCGCCGCGCCUCGCUAAUCUCCUACGACGUGCACAGCGAUCGAUGGACGACCGAAAUCGCGAAUGCUUGGCUCCGCGAUCUGCUGCGGCACCGGCCGGACGACGCCCUGGCCCACGUACUUUGCAUCGUCGGGACGAUGGCGUCCUCGCUCGUGCCGCCGCCGAACGCAGCGACCUACAACGCCGUGCUCUCGGGUUUGCGCCGCUAUGAUGGUGGGCGCCAUCAUCUCCUCCUUGGGCUUUUUGACGCAAUGGUUGCUGCAAACGUCUUCAACGACGACAGCGUUUGCUUCGCGCUUCUCGCAGCACGCGACGUCGGUGCGGCGGCGCGGGUGCCGUCUUUGCUAUGUCUCGUACCGGCCCCCAAUGCGACCAUGUAUGCGAUCGCGAUCGACACGCUCGUGCGCGCCGCCGACGUCACCGGCGCCUUGCGCCUCUUGGCCGCGAUGCCAAUGAAAGCAACGCCGUUUACAUAUGCAGUGCUCUUCAAAGGCCUCAGCGCAAAGAAGGACACGAGCGCGGCGCUGGCGCUCCUCGAACACAUGGAGGAAGCCCACGUCGGGACGCCCGAGGCCGCCGGUCUCUUCUCACUGCUGCGCACGUUUCGCCGUACGCCCGACGCCGUUCCCUCGUUAUUGCAGCGGCUCACAAAGUACCCGCUGGACGCGGGCGUCUACAACGCCGCCUUGGACAUCUUUCGUCGCCACGGCAUGUACAGCGAAGCCGCCGACGUGCUUCGACUCAUGGCGGACUAUAUGGUGGCGCCGUCCAGUGACACGCACGUCCUGUAUCUCUUGACGUGCGCCAACGCCAAGAAGUUCUCACUCGCGAUGCGGUACCUCGGCACGAUCGACGAUGCGUCCGUCGACGUCUUUAACGCUGCGAUCGAGGUCUGCGGCCACGCGAAAAAGCCGCUGGACGCCGUCCAGGUCUUUGAAGGCAUGCAAGUCUGCGGCGUUUCGCCCAACCAAACCACGUACCUCCGAUUACUGCACGCGCUCGCGCCCCAUGGCGACGUGGCGUUAAUGGAGACCAUCGUGGACGAGAUGCCAAAGCAGUUUGUCGACGAACGCAUCUGGAAUCGGCUGCUCGACGGCUGUGGCCAUGCGCGCCUGCCCCACGCCGCUUUGCAGUUCUACGGGCGCCUCGAAGCGGCGACAUGCCCGUCGAUUGUGUCGGUGAACCUCGUUCUCCGCGCCCUCACGUCGUCCAAGGCGUUCCCGCUGGCGACGAUGGAGACGUUUCUGGAGAAUGCCACGACGCGCCAUGGCCUCGCGCCCGAUGUCAUUACGUUCACGACGCUCCUAGGCCAGGCCAUGCACGAAGAGCGUUUUGCCGACUGCCAACGGCUCUUCCAAUCCCUCCAAGCGCACACGGCGCCAGACGCGACCAGCUUUGCGAUGCUCUUGCGCGCGUUUCAUGCGGCGAACCGACACGAGUGGAGCGUCGAUGCGCUCCUCGAGACGUUCUGGGCUGUACAAAUACACUUGAACGACCCACUGUCGUAUGUGGGCGUGCUGCGGGAGCUCGCGGCCGCUGGGCGACCGGACGACGCCCACGCGGUCUUGCGCUGCAUGGAAGACCGGGGACUGCAUGCGACGGAAGCCUGCACGCUUGUCAUGCGCCUCUUCAACGACGCAGGCAAGCACUCGCAUGUAUCCGCGAUCUACGACACGAUGCAUCGCCGUGGCAUGCAGCCAUCGCCCGAGACGACGAUCGAGAUGGUCGUGGCGCUGGAAGCUCGCCAAGAGUGGGUCCGCGCGACAGGCCUCUUUGUCAAGCUCACACAGAAGCACCCGACGCUGCCGCACGAGAAGCUCUCGCGGGCGACCAUUGGUCGCUACUACAUCCGGUCCAACUCGCUGCCGAGCCGCCUCCCGCUGCAAGACGACGACCAGGCAUAGAUGAUGCGCUGUACACUAGAAUAUACACUGGCGAGACACUG